AUGGCCAAGGAGGAAUGCAAGGCGCUGCUGGACGAGCUCAACAAGACGACCGCGUGCUACCACCACUUGGUGCUGACGGUCGGCGGCUCGGCGGACUCGCAGAAUCUGCGGGAGGAGCUGCAGAAGACGCGCCAAAAGGCGCGGGAGCUGGCGGUGGCCACCGGUUCCCGGCUGACGGUGGCGCUGCGCGACCGGGGCCUGGCCGCCGAGGAGCGCGCGGAGUUUGAGCGACUGUGGGUGGCUUUUUCCGGCUGCCUGGAUCUGCUGGAAGCUGACAUGCAGCGCGCGCUGGCGCUGGGCGCCGCGUUCCCGUUGCACGCGCCGCGGCGGCCGCUGGUGCGCACCGGGGUGGCGGGCGGCUCGUCGCGCGUGGCGGCGCGCGCCCUGAGCGCACGCAGCCUGCGCCACGAGGCGGAGUGCGACUUCGACGUCGCAGAUCUGCCCGAAUUGGAGCGUGAGGUUCUUCAGGUGGGCGAGAUGAUCCACGACAUGGAAAUGAAGGUCAACGUGCCGCGCUGGACAGUGCAAGCCCGGCAGGCGGCGGGAGCCGAACUCCUGUCCAGUGCCAGCACGGGCGUCUCCUCGGCAGUAGUGGAGCGCGCGGGGCCCUGCGACCCCAGCAAGGCUCUGGCAGCCACUGUUUUCAGCGCCGUUCUGCUGGUGGCUGUGGCUCUGGCCUUGUGCGUGGCAAAGCUGAGCUGA